AACAAAACGAGAAUAUUAUGUGCGAUUUGUUAAAACUUGUUUUUUGGUUGAUCGCACAUAAUAUUCUUGUGUUGUUCUUUUGUACUAUUUAAACUUGGAUUAAAUUUGAUUUGGUUAUUCGUUCUCUGAAAAAGAGGUGUGUUAUAUAGCUCAAAACUCAUGGAACUCACGAACGUAUGAAUCGUAUGAAUCUUGUAACGAACCAAUGCGUUUUGUUCUUCGUUUGAAGUUUCCUCUAACAUUUGCUUUCUUUAGUUCCUAAUUAAUUUUAUUUGUAAUACUUUUUCUUGUUGAUUCCUCACCAUACUGGUGCACAGUAAAGCGACUUUGAUAAGUAUCCGAAUAAAUAAGGUUCAGUUUAUUUUCACGUCUCGCUAUCUCAUUUGAGGGUAUAACUUGUUACCUGGUUAGCUAAAUAUGGUAGCAGAAUUCAGAUAAGUGACGUUGUAAUUUAAAGUCAAAUGUUCAAAUUAAUCAUCGUAAAUUACUUUCUGUUGAAACAGUCACUUAUACCUCAAUUAUUCUUUUCUUAAUAAUUAUUAUAUGUCUUUUCCUUUUCCAAAACUUAGGAGGUAGUUGAAUUCUUUAGUCGAGAUGUUGAUUACGUUAUAACUAAUCGGAUAUCAUCUCGAUUGACAUCACCUAUUAUUGAUGAAUCACAUGUUACAUCGUCGAAACAAUCCAUUUCACUUCAAAAUCAGUCCUCAUCCAUUUCACAAGCACCAAACAAUCUCAAAGUUCCUGUGUUAGUUGGAAGCAAACCUGUUAAUAGCCCAGUAACACGUGGUAGAGCUAUGUUACUUGCCGCACGCAAAAUUGCUGCUGAAGAUUCUAAUUCUACUCCAUCAGGUAUUACAGCCUCAUCGAUAUUAAACCAAGCUCAAACAUCCAAUGAUGUAUCUGUUGCACCUGUACAAUCUCAGUCAUCAUCUAUGUCUUGUGUAUUGGGAUGUGGUCAAAAGUUAAAUUCAAAUAAUGACUUGUUAUACAAAGCUCGUCAGCUAGGUAUUAAAAUUCUCUCCUUUGAUACUGUAACGAAAUGGAUAAAAAACCUCCCAUCAGAUGUUCAGUCAUAUAUCCAGUCUAUACAACGAACAGAUCAUGAUUAUCAUUUGGACAAGUUAGCUAAUGAUCCAGAGCGUGAUAGGAUUCAUGAAGUUCGACAUCUCGUGACACCAUGUAUCAAAGUGAUCGAUACAAGAAGUCACUACCGACCUAUUUAUUUAGAUAAAACAGACUACUUGCCUGACUUAUGGGAUCUAACCAAUCGUUAUAAAUCAAAAUCAAAGUCCAUUCUCGAUGUGGGCGUACAUGAUACUCCAUCAUCUCCGACUCCAAUGACUACGACCAAUUCUAUGGUUAUUAUUAUUACUACUACUACUACUACUACUACUAAUGCUACUGUUACAACAACAACAACAACUACUACUACUACCACUACUGCUACUACUAAUGUUAAUGGACCGUGUAGUGGUAGCGUCCCGGGAGCAAGCGUUGGCUUUACUCUACAGAAUCCAAGUCAUUGUAUUCUUGGAACAGGCACUCAGUCAAUUUUAACACGCAUAGAUAGUCGAAAUAAACGUAAACAUCGUCUUAAAAAACAUAAUACUACUACUCCAUUACAACGUACAGCUUCCUUAGUCACUAAAGGAGCGGAAAGUAAUCCGAAAGCUUCUUCGACUACUGCUGCUAUCAAUGAUGAACCAUCUGGCUACUGUGAAUGUUGUUCUACGAAUUUUAAGAGUUUGUUUGAGCAUUUGCAUUGUACAGAUCAUCAGCAAUUUGCUAAUAAUUCUGAAAAUUAUCGUCUUCUCGAUGAUGUUCUAAAUAAACUGCCUACAUUAAAAGAGUUUUUAACAAAAACUACAUCAACCACUUCGCAACUACCAUCUUAUUUAAAUCCUAUUGCAAUAAGUCCUUGUGAUUCUCAACAUGAAAAAGAUUACCUCUUUAAUACUUCCAAGUGUGAAAUGUUACAAAAAGAAAAUAUACCUCCCACUCAAACAAAAAUUAAUGAAAGUAUUGAACCUGUCUUUGUCUCACAGAAAUUACAACCCACAUUAAAUGACUAUGAAAAUAUUUCUAAAGAAAUCAAUGUUCCUCCAAUAUUAAACUUUUCUGGACCACUUGGACCCAAUGAGUUUACAGAAGGAGGUUCAGAUAUAUUCAGUAAUACUGAUUUAGAUGUUUGUGAAAUAUCAAAGACCACCACUGUUGUAAAUAAUGACGUGGAACAAAUAUCUAAGUUAGAUCAAGAAGAGGCUGCAUUUCUUUUUUUGCUUUAAUUCAAUAUUAAAGAAAUCCCUAUUUUUCUAUUCACUUUUUUUUAAAAAAAGGUUCUCAAUUUUCAACUAUAAGUGCUUUCAUCAUAAUGUCAAGAGAAACUAUUUGUAGAAAUCAAUUUCAAAGGAUUAAAAAGUUAACAAAAUGUCAUGACACAACUGGAUUAAAUUCCCAAUCAUGUUUUUCGUCCCAUGCGAUGAUGAAUUAACAUUAAAUUAUGCCCAGUAACAUUUUUUGUACGAUGAUGUAUAUAUAUACUCAGCAAUCUGUAUUUCAAUUUGAUAACUUUUAAUUUCUCUUGAAUGUAUCAAGUAAAGUGUAUGCAAAAAAUAUCCUAGAUAAUGGAAAUUACUUUUCUUUGAAUGUUAUGACUCACUAGCUAGGUACAGUUUUACUUACUAGGCAAUAGGUUAUUGCUUAAUUCGAAUUAUGUCAGAGUGGAAAGACUACUAUUACUGUUAUAUUUUAAGCUUCAAGUGAGACGAAGAUUCAUCAGUAAUGUACUGCUAAUUAGACAAGAAUAUGGCAAUAGUCAGUCACGACCUACGUAGGGCUUGGUAUAGAUGUGCGUCAGCUCAAGCUGUCAUUAAAAAAUCAGUAUGAGAUGAAACUAAUAAAACGAAACAAUAGUAGUACCAGUGAUAGUGAUUAAAACUAUAAUUUAAUUUGAAAUAGUUAUAAAGUAAUAUAUGCAUAAAGACGAUGAUGCAGACCAAUCUUCAAGCAAUUGAGGAGGAGAAACGUAUUUCAAACAUGUCUGGGUCGUUGUUCCACGGGUUCUGAUGAAUUCAUAUAUUCACCGUCCUCAGUAAACAUUCGGAGAGUUUCCUGUAAAACAGGCAACAUUAACAAAUACCAGUUGAAUCCGACGAUUUCAAUGACAGAUCACUCUUAAGUUCUGACUCAAUUCAUUGUUCAUAUAAAGAGACUUCAAAAACCAUACCUGCUUAUUCGGGACACCUAUUAAUGAUGAAAACUGCCUCAAGAUCCUAGCCAAAAGAGCGGACACUCUCAUUACUGUUAAGAAAUACAACUUCAGUCGUGUAUUGGCAAGUAUGUAUAUGUUUCGUGGAUAUGGUCCAACCGACCUGCAUUAGAUUUUUUUGCAGAUCUUAUGUAUUUUUUCCUGCUAUUUCAUCUCCUGAAUUGCUGCCUUAUCCUGAGAAGAAAAGGGUUCAAGAAAUCUGGGAAACAAUCAAACCCGGUUGAUUGGAAGUAACGGACAAUUUGGCAUCACUGAUUGUCAUUUGUUCAAGUGUACCGCUGAUAAAUUCUAACAAACGUGCCCUGAAUUAUGGUAAAUAGACUACCAAAACUAUCCCUUAUGUAAGGCAACUACUAUGUGAAUUCCGGCACAUAUAUAAUGGAAUAAUAUUGAUUGAAUAAUUGAGAUUUAUUUAUGAUCUUAGUCACCUUACUUGACUAUACUCAUAUUACCUCAUUUGUUUGCGUAACCUUUGUGAAUAAAUUAUUUCACUAGAUAUUUACAAUGCUACACUGAAAAGACAAGCUGGGCAAAGAAAUAUUUUCUUCCAACUAGCUCUUCAGUAAUAUAAGUUUUACAAAUGAGUUUAAUAAUCU